CCUGCCACUGGACGAACCGCUGCUGGUCGAACUGACGACACUUGCAGAUAUCUGACGUGAACCAUCCUGAAACAAACAAAAAAGCUUCAGAAACUUAGACACAGUCAGUGUAUUGCCCACCUAAACUGGCUAAAGUUCUAUUUAACAGAUCACCAUAGUGAUAGUUUCGUAACAAAUAAGUGAAACAUAUUCCGAAACGAAUGUAAAACUUGUAACAUCUGUUGGUAGUAACAGCAUCUGCAGACGAAAAUCAAAUGGUCAUAUCUAAAAAACAUUAGUUUAGCAAAGAGAAUAACAAACGUACAAAUCCCGCCUAUAUGAUUAUUGUCCCGUAUCGUGUGGCAAUUCAUGUGACUGCCGUAGAUAGGAAAUUGCACUAUGUAUUUUGAAUUCAGAUGGACGAAACGUCAUCUUGUACUUGAAAUUGUUUUAGCGUUAUAGGAGCCUAUUUACAUUUUAUCAUCCAAAAGAGAUUGUUGCCCUCUCCAUAGAAAUCCGUUAGUUUUCAAUCAUUCUAUAUUCCUAUAGCAAGCCCAAACGGGCGAGCUAGAUCACUGGAUUAUUCGGGGCGCAUUUCGUUUUAGUACGUCUAAACAAUUCCCAUUGUAUAAAAUCAACGUAUGAUCAGAACACAUACAGCAGAUGAAGUUUUUAUCCAUAAGGCAAAAGCGUCACACAAAGCUGGUCUGGGAGAUGUGCACUUUAAAUGGAUAGUUUAUUUGAAUCACCCGCCAAAAAUGAACAAUGCUAAACGUGCACCCCAUAUUAGCAUAGCACUUAUAACAGACAAGUGCUUAAAAGACAACUUUGCAACAUUGCAAUUGGCUAUUUGUAGCUAGAAAAUAGCUAAACACAAAUGUUAUAGGUUAAGAGAAACGUCAAGGCUUUCACACUCAUAGACAACAAGGAUUCACACUUAAAUGUGCAAGCGUUAGUUAGCCGAGUAAGCCGAUUGCAAAACGCGUGAGUUCAGCAAUUGACAGGGGUCAGGGGCCCAAAGCAUAAUUUAUGUUUCGGGACAUCAGCUAAAGCCAGUCAGAUAGCUUUGGACGCUUUUUGAAAACACCGACGAAGUAUUUUAGUAAGGACUUCCAAUAUUCAAAUUAUUUUUUUCUUUAGAAUUAAAAGGAACUGAAAAGGCCAGAUAAAUUUCGUCAACGACUACAAUACAAGAUAUGCGUUGGUAGUGUCUUCAGAUUCCAAGCACGCAUAGCAGAGUUUUCUGUUUUGGGCAUCUCUUCGUAAGUGGCGUAAAAAUAGUGACAUACGUCUAAUGUGAAACAUUGAAUAACGUCAGAGAAAAUCCCUAUCAGAUUUUCCUAUGAUAUGCCACAUCGUGGUAGUUACCCUCGGUUUAAACAUGUUAACGUCGCUCGAAAUAGGCAAAAAUUUAUUUCGAUGUAUUCGAGGUAAACAUAAUUAUUUUCAGACGUGAUUUUCCUGACCCAUUUAUGAUUGAAGUGGGUUUUACGUGUCCCUUUCCUGAAGUGACUUCACUGACCCUAUUUUAAUACGAGCUGGUAUUUUCUUAGUUUAAAUGUUACCGCACACAUUUUGUCUAAAAAUAAGCUUUCAAACUCAUAACUUUGUGUGAUGCGGUUUUGAUGGUAGUCCUCCUGAAUGUUUGGAAAAUGUUUAUUGCGUCGAUCGAACACAGAUUGUUUCCGGCAACUUCAACAGGGCAGUGCUGUCUUAGAAAUGAUGAUGAGAACAAUGUUUAUAUGGUUUUAAAUGCUAGCAGACGAAGCUCAAAUUGGUAAAAAAAAAAAGUAAAGAGAAAGUGGCCAAUGGUGAAUCGAUCGAAAACAUCUCUAGACGUAUGGCAUUGAGCACACAGCAACGUCGUAAACUAACUGGAAACAGAGGCAGAGCUGGUUGGUCGUUGCCAAGAAGGUUCCUCUAAAAGACAUACCUAAAUGGAAGCUUGUUGCGAGAAGAAGUGAUCCCACCAGACAAUCACCCUUCUCCCAGUUAGCCCUUGCAACGACCUAACUGUUAAAACUGCUCAACCAACAAGGCAUCGAUUUCCAACAAUUUGCACCAAGACUGCAUGUGGAACAGCGAUCUCGAUUUGAUUGUAUAAAAGCCCGCCAGUCAUAUUGUCAAAAUGUCCGUGACCCUUCACACUGAUGUAGGUGAUAUAAAACUGGAGCUGUUUUGCGAGGACGCUCCAAAAGCAUGUGAAAAUUUUCUUGCAUUGUGUGCAUCGGACUACUACAAUGGAUGUGUUUUUCAUCGAAAUAUAAAAGGGUUCAUUGUACAGACUGGAGAUCCAACCAAUACAGGCAAGGGUGGCACGUCGAUAUGGGGUUCAAAAUUCGAGGACGAAUUUAAAGCAGACCGUAAACAUUACGAGAGAGGUAUCGUCUCGAUGGCUAAUAAUGGGCCGAAUUCGAACGGUUCGCAGUUUUUUUUUACGUACGCUAAGCAGCCUCAACUCGAUUUAAAGUACACGAUAUUUGGAAAGGUAAUUGAUGGUCUGGAAGUAUUGGACCAAUUGGAAAAAAUCCCUGUUAACCCAAAAAAUUUUCGACCCAACAUCGAGAAGCGAAUAAACUCGGUUACGAUCCAUGCCAAUCCGCUGGCCAAAUGAUGAAACCUCAGAUAAAAAAACUCACCUAAACUUAGGCCUUUUAACGGUAACCUUUAAAAAUUGGAUAUUGUUUAUAAAUGGAUCAUACUGAGAAGCUAUUCAAUAGUGUACAUACUAAACAAUACAAAUAUUGUAAAUAAAUCAGCUG